AAAGCAGUGUGGAGAGGGGGAAGAGAAAAAGGGAGGGAUUUGUUAGUCAUGGGUACGUUACAUUUCUAUAAUAUGAAGCAUGUCACAGAUUUUCACUUUGUCUGGGGGAGGUGAAGAACGAAAUGAAAGAAUGAAAGUUGCAGACUAGAGAGAAAGUAAAAUUGCUCAGGGACGCUUCAGUGACAUGGCAGCCCAGGAAGGUCCUCACUGCUAAGUCUGAUGUCGAUGCAGACAGAUUUAAGGAAUGAGGACUUAAAGACUGGACUCGCCGAUGUCUCUCUUGCUGGAGUGUGGAACACUGUAGAAGUCCCUUCACAGAAGAACCUGAAGGCAACCGGGGAUGAGGGACGUGACAUGGAUUUGUGUUGCAGUUAUCCUCUUAGUGUCUAAAGUUUGGAGCCUGGAUCCAGGAACUAUUCCGAGCACGUCUGUGAACUCCAGCACUGAUGGUAUCCAAAAUGUAACUUUCAACCUGGGGAGUGAUGCCAAUCUGACAUGCAGUGGUAAAUCCUGGAAUGAGACCCUGUUUGUUAUUUGGACCAUCCAGCUGAAACACAGAACCUGUAAGAUAACCUGGAAGGAUGGUGUUCAAGACAAGGACAACUGCAGUGACGGAAAGCCCCUUGGAAACAAAUCCAAGGCUCAGUUUUAUCUGAGCAUCCCAAACUUUUCAACUGAAGACGUGGGGAUUUACAAAUGUGAGUCCGUUUUUUCCGGGGGAAACAAAAAUGAUGCAUUCAACGUGACAAUCACAGUUCCUCCUGUGACAUCAGCCUGGUUGGAGCAUAAGGUCAAGAAGAUGGUGGCUGUCUGCAAAGCCGAAAGAGGAAGACCGGCAGCCAACAUCAGCUGGAGUCUUCAGGGAAUUGCACCGUUUGUAACAACCCACCAUGAUUCAGAUGGAUUUAUUUCAGUGGCGAGUCAUCUGGAGCUCACAAAGGGUGUGGAUGCAGAGAACCUGACCUGUGUGAUCAGGCACCCAUACUGGAAACAAGACAGGAUUCUGGCGCCAGAGCUCAGAGAAGGUUAUUUUCCCUGGCUGCUCAUCCUUAUUGGUGUUGUAGUUCUUAUCGUUUUGGUGGGACUAGUAUUUCUUGCACACAAGAAAAUAAUGACAUUGAGGUCGUGCAAGCAGUCUGAAAUAUCAUUCUCCAAAUCCCCACCGACAGAGGAUGUAGAGGAAGUGGAGCCCUAUGCCAGCUACGUUCAACGAGAGAACUCUAUCUAUAACUGAGUUUUUUUGCAUCUUUCUCUCAGACCCUCCAAACUUUUUUCUCUCUCUCUCUCUUACACCCACAUACACUUUAACGCACAAGGCGCUUUUUGAGAACGUGAAGGCCAAGUAACGGUUUGAGACAGAGGAUUGAGAUGAAAGACACAGAAGCGUCGCACUUGACUGAUGGAACCCUGUGUCACAUAUGCUUGCUCCCAUCAGCAAUGUUUGCAGCCCUCUACUUUGUGUGUGGGUCUCAUGGAGAACAUUAUCAGUCAUAACUACAAACACAACGACUUAGCUGGAAAGAGUAUGUCAGAUGCCAGAUGCAACAUGUCUCAACUACAGAACUAUGGACUGUUAUUGUUGCUGGUGAAAUUCGUGGCCCAUAUUUAGGUAUGACAUGCAUAAAGUAGAAUAUAUAAUAUAGUAGAUAUUAGUAGUCGCGGAAGUCGUAGUAAUUCCGUGAUACAACUGCCCCAGGAUAAUGUGGACAACAUUAUGUUAAGAUGUCAUGUGGCAUAAUGCAUUAUUAUGUAAUUACAUAUAUUAAAACUAUGUCUAAACACA